AGGACUAUCCUUAGCCCGGUCCAUGAUAAUCCAUGAGUAUAGCGGACCGUUGCACACCCCUUAUCCGCACACUCUCCACUAGCACCAGCCCAGCCCCAAGUCGCCACCAUCAAACCACCAGCCCCCAACCUCCGACCACCUCCAGCACCCGAGAUUAUUCUUGCUAGGAAAUAGGAAUUUGUCACUGAAUCUUCCAUAUAAUGGACGCAUUUAGGAGGGCUAUACUGCAGCCUGGCCCCCCGGAAACUUUUGCUCUCAAGACAGUUCAAGAGGUUAUAAAGCCGCAGAAACAAACAAAGUUAGCUCAAGAUGAAAAUCAAUUGUUAGAGAACUUGCUUCGGACUUUGCUUCAAGAAUUGGUGGCAUCUGCAGUACAGUCAGGGGAGGAGAUAAUGCAGUAUGGAAAGUCAAUUGAUGAUGAGGACGAAACACAGGGUGUAAUUCCACGACUUCUAGAUGUUGUGCUCUAUCUUUGUGAGAAAGAACAUGUUGAAGGUGGUAUGAUAUUCCAGCUUCUAGAGGACUUGACUGAGAUGUCUACAAUGAGAAAUUGCAAAGAUAUUUUCCGAUAUAUAGAGAGUAAGCAAGACAUCCUGGGGAAGCAAGAGCUUUUUGCUCGCGGAAAACUUGUCAUGUUGAGAACGUGCAAUCAACUUCUUCGCCGACUGUCCAAGGCGAAUGAUGUGGUAUUUUGUGGGCGAAUCCUAAUGUUUCUGGCACAUUUCUUUCCAUUGUCUGAACGUUCAGCUGUGAAUAUUAAGGGUGUUUUUAACACAUCAAAUGAGACAAAAUAUGAGAAAGACCCACCUGAAGGCAUUUCUGUUGAUUUCAACUUUUAUAAAACUUUCUGGAGUUUACAGGAAUACUUUUGCAACCCUGCGUCCCUUUCAACUGCUCCUAUCAAGUGGCAGAAAUUUACAUCUAGUUUGAUGGUUGUGUUGAAUACAUUUGAAGCUCAGCCUUUAAGUGAGGAAGAGGGAGCUGAUAACAAUUUGGAGGAAGAGGCGACAACUUUCAACAUAAAAUAUCUUACAAGCAGUAAAUUGAUGGGCUUAGAGUUAAAAGAUCCAAGUUUUCGGCGCCACAUUCUUUUGCAGUGCCUCAUAUUAUUUGAUUAUCUGAAGGCCCCAGGAAAGAAUGAUAAGGAUUCAUCUGAAAGCAUGAAAGAAGAAAUUAAGUCUUGUGAAGAUCGAGUGAAGAAACUACUUGAACUGACUCCUCCAAAAGGAAAAGAUUUUCUUCAUAGUAUUGAGCAUAUAUUGGAACGUGAAAAGAAUUGGGUCUGGUGGAAACGCGAUGGCUGUCCUCCAUUUGAAAAGCAACCAAUAGAGAAAAAAACAGUUCAUGAUGGAGCUAAGAAACGUAGGCCAAGGUGGAGAUUGGGAAAUAAAGAACUCUCUCAGUUGUGGAAGUGGGCUGAUCAGAAUCCGAAUGCUUUGACUGAUCCCCAACGUGUUCGAACUCCUGCCAUCUCAGAUUACUGGAAACCCUUGGCUGAAGAUCAUGCGAGCUCUUGGAAUAAAUUCAUCUCUUUCUUGAAAUUACAGAUGGAUGAAUCUGCAGGAAUAGACGCUGAAUAUCAUCAUAAAAAUAACAGGGUUUAUUGCUGGAAGGGCCUUCGUUUUUCUGCUCGGCAAGACUUAGAAGGGUUUUCUAGAUUUACUGAACAUGGUAUUGAAGGAGUAGUUCCUUUGGAACUUCUCCCGCCUGAAGUGCGAUCCAAGUUCCAAGGUAAACCUAGUGACAGGUCUAAACGUGCUAAAAAGGAGGAGACGAAGGGUGCUUUGCAUCAAGUUGAAGAAAGUCAGAUUGCAACACCUGCAAGUGAGAUUGACGGCGAAGGAGUCAGAGCUGAUGCGGAGGCAUCUGCAGCACCGAUGGAUACGGAUGCGACUGCUGCGACCGAAAAUAAUUCCCAAGGUAGCACUCCAACACCAGAUGAACAUCAAAAGCAAAGCCCUGAUACUCAAGAAGCUGGGCAAUUAGAAGCAGAUGCUGAAGUAGAGGCUGGGAUGAUAGAUGGGGAGACAGAUCCAGAAGCUGAGUCAGAUCAUGUAGGAUAAGAUUCAAGGAAAAAGAAAAACAGUUUCUUUGUGGGAUAGUAAAAAUAUUAACUUAUGUUGAUUUGGUGAGCACUAAUGAAUAAUUACAUAGAAUUGUUACAUUAUAUUAGUACAGAAAAUUAAAUUGUUUUCUUUUUGUCUCUUAUUUUAUAAGCUAGUGGUAAUACAUUCAUAAUUCAUAAGCUUUUAUUCGAGUACAAUAGAUGAUAACAUUUUGUUUAUCCCACCUAAUGUUAGAAAAUUUAA